AUGGAGAAGGGUGGUGUAAUAGCUUUCCUCUUGCUCUUAAUUCAACUAGGAGCCAUCCUCCCUUCACUCUCAUGCCCAAGUUGUCCACCAAGUUACAAACCACCCUAUGUUCCCAAACUACCCCCUAAGCGCCCACCUAAGGUUUUUCCCCCACCCUAUGUCAUGCCCAAACCACCACCAAAGGUGGAGACGCCAUGUCCACCACCACCACGACCACCACCAACAGAAACGCCAUGCCCUCCUCCACCACCAAAGACACCACAGGCUUGUCCCAUUGAUACUUUGAAGCUUGCAGCUUGUGUUGAUUUACUUGGAGGGGUCGCUCAUGCGGUGAUAGGCGAGGAGGUGAAGAAGGGUUGCUGCCCUCUUGUGCAGGGGGUUGCGGAUUUGGACGCGGCCUUGUGCUUGUGUACCACCAUUAGGGCAAAAGCUUUGAACCUGAAUGUGGUUCUGCCGAUCGCGCUUCAGGUGCUGAUUGGGUGCGGGAAAUCAGUGCCCCCUGGGUUCCAGUGUCCAUGA